AUGGCUUAUCCCGAUCAAAUCCUUGGACAUUUCACCAUCUUACUUGGAUCCUGUUCGGACGCAGCUUUCUUGUUUUCGCGAGGCUCUUUCAUGAACAAUAUCACCUCAUCGCCCCAGCUUCUCUUUCUCUUUCCUUGGCCCUCAGGAUCCCAGUACCCAUUGGAACUAAACUUGCUGCUUGGUGGCACAGUUACUGAUGACGGAAUCGUCUUGGGUAUUAUCUCCGCUACUGAACCUGGACCAGCUGCCUCUUUCUGGUUCCUCAUAUGUGGGCUCGCACUCCGACAAAUCACCCUACCAUCCAUAGACUCGCACGUCAACGCUGACGCGAUCAAGAUAUUUGACAAUAACAUUGAACAAGAAGAUUCGACAUAUGGCAACUUAUUCAGCGCCGUACUCCUAGAAUUUCUUUUGUUAAAUAUUCACCGCACUGAAAAGUUCGACACCUCUUGA